AUGGAUGAGUCUUGCUGUGAGAUUAGAGCUGCAUUGACUGAAGAAGUUGAGGUGCUCCAUGGAAGGGUCAGCUUCCAUGGCUGCAAGAAACUUGAUGUGGCUGUCAACUCCUUCAAUGUCACUCUCUCCAAGUGCCCACCUGAUAGGACGUCUGCUGUUGCUAAGUAUUCCUUCAGUAAACAUGAGUUGGUGGUCCAUUCAAAUUUGUCACUCAGUGCUUCAUGUUCGUCUAAUGUCUCUGCUGAUUCGUUUCGUAGUCGAGCCUCAACUGGUAGAAUGUACAGAACAAGUAGCACAUCUGGUUCGAACAAGCAUUUGGAUUCAAAGACAAAAAUUGUUGUCCGAAAUGGCAUCCCAGAAUCUCUACCUAAUACUUACAGGCUAAAAGAAGUUGUACUUACGUCACAGCUAAUACUGGAUGCUGCAUCNUGUGACAAAAAUACUCAUAUGCUAUUAUUUAGCGGGAUGCUGCAUACAAAGGCAUGCAUGGGAUUCCUGAGGUAUUUGUUGGAGGUGAAUUCCCCGCAGAGCAAUGGAAAGAAUUUAGAUGUCAAUAGCGAUCAUUUAGCAACCCAAAGACUGAAGUCUGGCAUGGAGCAGUUGCAUGAAAAGCUGGAAACGGCGAAAACCAGAAAUAUUCACUUUCUCAAAGAUCAUGAUUUUGAUUUUCAAGUUCCACAAGAAAAACUUGUGCAAUUACACAAGGGUUUUAGGAAAGUUGAUCCAGACCGCUGGGAAUUUCCGAAUGAGAGUUUCUUAAGAGGUCAAAAGCAUCUGCUUAAAAAUAUUACUAAGCGGAAACCUGUACAUAGUCACAGUCAACAACAGCAGCAACCAAAUGGACAGAAUUCUUCAGUUGGAGCAUGUGUUGAGGUCGGAAAAUUUGGGCUUGAACAGAAGGUUGAGAGGCUUAAGAGGGACAAAAACAUGCUAAUACAAGAACUUGUCACGUUAAGGCAGCAGAAACAAUCUACUGACAAUCAGUUGCAAGCAACGGUUCAGCGUCUUCAAGGUAUACAACAGCGGCAACAGCAGAAAGCAACAAAAAAUGGAGACUUAAGCAGGAUUGCAUCAGUUGAGCAGUCGUCCAUUCCAUUGGAGUCAGCAGUUACAGGUCUUACUCCUUUUGCUGCAAUUUCUGAGAUUCAACCAUCCUCCCUGGACGCAACUUCUAAAAUUGUGACUGAUCAAUUUCUGGAUGUAUGGCAACUGGUUAGAACUCCAGAAAUUUCCCCUGUUACAUUUCCACCAACAAAUGCUAUAAUGCCUGAGCUCUCAGAAAUUGUGCAAGAACGCAAUGUUGAUGUCAUGCCAUCUGAAACAGAGAGUGGUACUUUCAUGGAUCCAACCUCAUUCGGACUGGAUGACAAAAUUCCGUUAGAAAUUGGCAUCUUUUCUCCUGAUUCUUAG